GACAGCUCUUUCAUUCAUCGUAUGUUUGUGUGCGUAUUUUAUCGUAGUUACCUAUUUAUUUUACAAAUUAUGAAUUGUUUAAACUCUGUUUUAUUAGUUUUUAUUUAAUUUAAAUUUAUAUCAAUGAUAUCCCAAUACGAGAUUUGUAAGUAUCUAUCCCAGUGCAGUACUUAAAAUUAAGAGUUAUCUAUUAAUUUUGGUGGAAAAGAAUAUUUGCAACAUGGAUCACAUGCACAUGGACCACGCAAAUCACAUGAAUCACCAUAUGGACCACAAGAUGAACCACAAUGGCGACCACAUGGGACAUCAACCUAUGAACCUUAGUAUUUCAUAUAAUAACAGUGCAGAUAUGGGUGGCAUGAACGACGAACCUGUUAUGAUUAGUGGCCACGGAGGCCAUGGUAGUAGUAUGUCACACUCUAUGAUGUCCAUGACAUUCCAUGGUGGCUACGUCGAAACAAUUCUCUUCUCAUGGUGGAAUGUGCAAGAUGUAGGAGAGUUCGUUGGAUCAUUUUUUGCGAUAUUUAUCAUGGCGUUGCUUUAUGAAGGACUCAAGUAUUAUAGAAAACAUCUUCUAUGGAAAACUUAUACAGGAUUACAGUAUUGUGCAGUAUCACCCCCUGAUAAGGGAGUAGCAAAUAUAUGCGCUGCAGAUGAACCUCAAGUAAUACAGCCUGUGCCUCAUCUACUAGAGAGAAAUGUACCCACCAUGCUGAGUUCCACACACGCGUGGCAAACUGUACUUCACGGUGUACAAGUUUUAGUUAGCUAUAUGUUGAUGUUAGUGUUUAUGACAUACAACACAUGGCUGUGUGCAGCUGUCGUACUUGGAUCGGCGACUGGAUAUUUCCUAUUCGGUUGGCGGGAAUCCGUUGUGGUAGACUUUACAGAACACUGUCACUGAUAUAUACUUAUGACCGUAUGUUAGCAAACUAGCUAAAAAUCUUAUAACCUCGCUCAAAAUGGUUGCAAAUAUUACGGUGUAAUAUCAUAAGUGAACAUCAUUUGUAUUAAGUACUUUUGGGCAAAAUGUUUAUACCAGUUAUAUACUUUUUAGGAUAAUAUACAUGUGUAUUUAGGUUAAUAAUAAAGCAUUGAAAGAUAAA